UCCUCAUGAAGUUCUCAACUGAUUUUAGUCAAACACUACUCUUGUCAAUUUAAACUAGAACCCUAACUAUCAUGUGUCCCUUCCACAAAAUAGCUCCACAUAUACUUUCAACAUUAACACUUUCACUCUUCCUUUUCACACAGGCUAUAAAGCUUUGUUUUGAAUGGGGAAGAAGAAGAUUCAGAUUAACAAGAUCGAUGAUGCUACCACGAGACAAGUGACGUUUGCGAAGCGGCGAAAAGGACUCUUCAAAAAAGCUGAGGAGCUUUCGGUUCUUUGCGAUGCAGACGUUGCUCUCAUUGUCUUCAAUUCUUAUGGGAGGCUUUUCCAUUACUCCAACUUGAGGAUGAAGGAAGUACUAGAAAGGCAUCAUUUGUACUCCAAGAACUGGGCAAAGUUGGAACAACCGUCUCCUGAGUUGGAGCUUAUUAGCAACAAUAACGCUAGAUUAAGCGAAGUUUAUGAGAAGAGUCUUCAGCUCAGACAACUAAAAGGAGAGGACCUUGAAGGUUUAGAUAUUGAAGAGUUACAACAACUGGAGAGAUCUUUCGAAACACGGUUGCGCCACGUAAUUGAAAAAAAGGAAGAGAAGAUUAUAAAUGACAUGAGGAUUCUCCGAGGAAAGGAAAAGCAAUUGAUGGAGGCGAACGAGCGACUACUGAAUCACGGAAUUGUGACAGACAUAUCCACUGGCAAAAGACACAGUAGUGAGAACAAUGGCAAUUCAGACCCGUGGCUCAAAUUGGGGCUACCAUACUCCAGCUGA